AUGACGGAUGAACUCGCGGAUGUUCCUGAAGCGAGUCUGCGUAAUUUAGUAGCGCAAACAUCAUUGCAAUGGAUUUUUGUAGGCGGCAAAGGUGGCGUUGGAAAGACGACUACGUCCUGUUGUUUAUCGAUUCAAUUAGCAGCUCAGCGUGAAAAAGUACUCGUUGUAUCCACAGAUCCAGCUCACAACCUCAGUGAUGCAUUUGGUCAGAAAUUUACACGGGAGCCAACGUUGGUGAAUGGUUUUUCAAAUUUAGCCGUUAUGGAGAUUGAUCCUAAUGUGGAUCUAGAGGAAUUGAAUGCUGAUGGUGUACAGGACAAUUCAAGCAUGGCUUCAUUUAUGAAAGACCUGACUAACUCGAUUCCUGGCAUUGAUGAGGCCAUGAGCUUUGCAGAACUUAUGAAACAGGUGCAAAACAUGGACUACUCGGUCAUUGUGUUUGAUACGGCCCCUACAGGCCACACACUUCGUCUACUAAGCUUUCCUACGGCAUUGGACAAGGCUUUCGACAAGAUUUUGUCACUCAAGAACCAGUUUUCAGGCAUGUUCUCGCAGGUCUCGGCGCUGUUAGGCGGCGCGUUGCCGUCACAGGAGAUGCUGCUCGGGAAGCUGGAACAGACACGCGAGGUCAUUCAGAAGGUAAAUGCACAAUUUAAGGAUCCAGAGCGCACCACCUUUGUGUGUGUGUGCAUUCCAGAGUUCCUGUCGCUGUAUGAGACCGAGCGUCUCGUGCAGGAGCUCACCAAAUACGAGAUCGACGUGCACAAUAUUGUGGUGAACCAAGUGCUAUAUCCAGAAGAGGGCUCGACGUGCAAGAGCUGCAGUGCUCGACAGAAGAUGCAGCAGAAGUACAUUGACCAGAUUUAUGACCUGUACGAGGACUUUCACGUCGUAGAGAUGCCCCUGCUGAGUGAGGAGGUGCGUGGUGUGCCGUCACUGACAACCUUCUCCGUAAAUCUGCUCGCACCGUACGAACCGAAAUAG